AGAUCUGGUUACAACGGUGACAAUGUUGACGACCUGGCCAGUUCUCAUCUGCCCCAGGAUAUGGAAUUCGAAUCUGUCAGCCUGUUGAGAACCGGGAUCAUUUGUGCCACGUUCAGUCCGGAUUGGGAUGGGCCUAAAAGUGAUCAAACUGCAGAAGGUCUCCAAUUUCGCCCCGGCGACAGGCCACGAUAUUCUAUUGGCCUAGCAUACUCGACAAAUGAGCUUUUCGACUGGUAUUGUCCCCCAAAUAUGCUUUGGAUUAAGUCUCCAAAUGAUGGAAUAUGCAGAGAGCUAAAAGCGACGUUGGCUGCAAUAAAUAGUUCUUUUUUUAAGCACAUUACACUUUCAUUUCCCAAACGCCUGCCAGCAACACACUGGGAAAUGGCAAGAAGGCAAAUCUAG